CUCAAUACCACUCGUAGGUCGUAGCUCCGUUGGCUGCUGCACUUUCUGUGAUACAGCUCUUACUCACUCUCUCACGUUUGAAAUAUAAAAUCUAAUGUUAUGUUUUAUGCGGUUGGAAGUCGCCAACUCCUUGUUGCAAUAGCUGACAAGGAGUUGAGAUACCGGAUUAUAACAAGCGGAAACACGACAGUGCAUCGCCGGAAAUUCUGGGUUCCGGUCUUAGUUCCGGGCGGUGUGCCUUGGCUUUGUUCUGAUUUAGACAGAUGGGUUCGUCGGAAAGAUCCAAGAAAAGUGUUCAGAUGUGGAAGAAGGCCGUGUUCCAUUUCUUGUUGUGUUUCGUUACUGGAUUCUUCACGGGUUUCUUUCCCAUCGGCAGAACUUCCACUUUCUGGGGUAGCUUUGCGUGGAACCAAACAGUGGAGCGUCGAGAACUUUCGCCUCAACCGAUAGAGAUGUUGCAUCAAUUGACAAAGGCUAGGAACUUCGAUAAGAGCCUAAUGAGUGAAACCCAGGUGGCGGUUCCUACUGGUUCCGGAGAUUCUGAGGAGACAUCUCUGGUGGAGGAAGAUGAAGCAGAAUUGGUUCCACGGAAGCUUUUGAUUCUUAUAACACCGACAAGAUCAAAGGAUCCUACUCAAGGUGCCUUUCUGACGAAAAUGGCUAACACAUUGAAAUUGGUUCCUCCUCCCCUUCUUUGGAUUGUUGUGGAAGCCCAGACCGAUUCCUCGGGAUUCUCAGAGAUGCUGAGGAAAACUGGAAUAAUGUACCAGCAUUUGGUUUUCAAGGAGAAUUUCACAGACCCAGAUGCAGAGCUGGACCAUCAGAGGAACGUCGCGCUCAAUCACAUUGAGCACCAUCGUUUAAAUGGAAUCGUUCACUUUGCCGCAGCUUUCAAUGUCUACGAUCUUGAUUUCUUCCAGGAGAUCAGAGGAAUCGAGGCCUUUGGGACAUGGCCAGUAGCUUUUGUUUCUGCAAAUAAGAAGAGGAUUGUGGUUGAAGGACCUGUUUGCGACUCCUCUCAAGUUAUAGGGUGGCAUUCAAGGAGAGUGAACAAACAGAUGGACAUGGCGCCUUCAAUUCAUAUUUCAAGCUUCGCUUUUAACACUUCUAUUCUCUGGGAUCCUGAGAGAUGGGGGCGUACUCCUUCCCUUCAAGAUAGCUCACAGUCAGAGAACUCGUUGAAGUUUAUUCAGCAAGUGGUUCUUGAAGACGAGACCAAAUUGAAGGGAAUCCCACCAGAAGAUUGCUCCAAAAUCAUGUUAUGGCAUCUCCACAUACCAAGCCGCAUGAUACCAAAUCAACGAUCUUCUCUCGCCCAAUCAGAAGGUACCGGUAGUAGAUAGCAGAGAAAAUAAUGAAAAAGAACUAGU